AUGAAGCUCCAACACUCUCUCAAGGCCACUCUACUUGGCGCUUCGCCAGCUCUCGCCUAUCCCCAAGCCAGAGCUACCGCUGACUUCAACUCAAAAUGUGCUGAUCUAGCCUCCAGUCUUGAGGUUGAAGGUGGUAUCGUCACCACUGCCGAGUUUGUCGCUGCUGGUACCAACUUUACCAUACCCGUUUACGACCCAACAUGUGGCGGCGAUGGAGCAGCAAGUCAAGUUGUUGGAGCCGACCUGUGCCGUGUCGCACUCUACGUUUCCACUUCUGAGCGAUCAGGAUUCAACAUGGAAGCCUGGCUGCCAUCCAACUGGACAGGCCGAUUUGUCGCCCAUGGUAACGGCGGUUUGAAUGGAUGCAUCAGUUAUAGAGACUUGGCCUACACAUCCCAGCUAGGUUUCGCCGCCAUUGGAACCAACAACGGUCACAACGGAACCAGUGGCUUGCCCUUCUACAACAACCCAGACGUUGUUGAAGACUUUGCCUACCGAUCUCUACGCAAUGGCGCUACCGUCGGCAAGCAAAUCGUUGGCGACUUUUACGGCAAGCCACAAGACAAGUCCUACUAUCUUGGAUGCUCAACUGGUGGACGACAAGGCUUCAAGAUGGCCCAAGAUUUUGCAGAUGAAUGGGAUGGUAUCCUUGCCGGAGCCCCUGCAUUCUCCUUCAACAAUCUUACUUCGUGGUCCGGUCACUUCUACACGCUCACUGGCCCACGCGGCUCCCCAACUUGGGUCUCGGAGGCAAAGUGGGCGCAGGUUCAUGCUGACGUCUUGGCCCAAUGUGACAAGAUCGACAACCUCGAAGAUGGCAUUCUCGAAGACCCGCUGCUUUGCAAGUAUGAUCCCUCGGGUCUGGCUUGUGAACAAGGCAACAACUCUACCACCUGCCUGACGCCCGAUGAGCUCGCGACAGUUACCGCUGUCUACUCGCCACUUACCAACGACCAAGGCGAUUUGGUUUACCCGCGCCUGCAGCCCGGAGCCGAGAUCCUCGCCUCUUUCGUGCUCUUUGGCGGUAACCCCUUCCCUUACACUACUGAUUGGUUCCGCUAUGCUAUCUACAACGACCCCACUUGGGACCCUGCCACUUUGGGCUCAGACGACUACAACAAUGCUGCACGCAUCAACCCCUUUAAUAUCGAAACAUUCAAGGGCGACCUUAGCAACGCACAGAAGAGUGGUACCAAGAUCCUACACUGGCACGGCACCAGCGACUACAUCAUCUCUAGCGAUAACAGCGCGAGGUACUACAACCAUGUCAGCUCUACCAUGGGCCUGCCACCCAAGAAACUCGAUGAGUUCUACCGCUACUUCCAUGUCAGUGGUACCGGCCACUGCAGUGGAGGAGAUGGUGCCCAUGCCAUUGGUCAACAACUCGGCGAAGUCAAUGGCUACGACCCUGAACACAAUGUUCUCAUGGCCUUGGUACAGUGGGUAGAACAAGGCAAAGCACCCGAAGCCCUUGUCGGUACCAAAUUCGUCAACGACACCGCCUCUCUCGGCGUUGAUUUCGAGCGCGCGCAUUGCAAGUUCCCCAAGAGCAACCAAUACAAGGGCAAGGGAGACCCCAAGCUCGCCAAGAACUGGAAGUGCGUUGACCUCAGGCAGUUCAACUAA